AACCCUAAUCCAUACAUACACGAUACAUCCGCGUUAUCGAUAUAAAUAUAUUCGCUACUCUUCCCAAUCUCUUUCUCUAUCUCUCCCACCGUGAAAGUUGAAAGCGACGAGAACAAGCAACUUUUCCCGGCGAAACCAACCAGAGUUUUCCUCCAAUCCAGAGGAGGAUUUCGAUUUAGGGAUUGAGUACGAUGACUAGUCCCUUCAAGCAAUCUCCGGGAAGACGUCGGGGAAGCGAUUUGGAGUCCGGCAAAGGCGAAAACUCCGACUCCGAUAGUGACACGUUCUCCAUCCCCGCCAAGAAUGCUUCCCUCGAGCGCCUCCAACAGUGGAGAAAAGCUGCGCUGGUGCUCAAUGCCUCUAGGAGAUUCCGCUACACGUUGGAUUUGAAGAAGGAGCAAGAGACGAGAGAGAUGAGGCAGAAAAUCAGGAGUCACGCUCAUGCUCUCUUGGCUGCUAAUCGUUUCAUGGAUAUGGGGCGUGAGCAAGGAGUUGAAAAACCAGUAGCUUCUGCUACUCCAGCUGGUGAUUUUGGAAUCGGACCUGAACAGCUUGUCCUCAUGUCAAAGGACCACAACAUCACUUCUCUGAAGCAGUAUGGAGGGGCUCAAGGGUUGUCAGACUUACUCAAGACAAAUAUCGAGAAAGGUGUCAGUGGAGAUGAUGAUGACUUGCUAAAGCGUAAGACCAUUUAUGGUUCGAACACGUAUCCUCGCAAGAAAGGGAAAGGGUUUCUGAGGUUUCUUUGGGAUGCUUGCCAGGAUCUCACUUUGAUCAUUCUGAUGGUGGCUGCGGUUGCGUCUUUAGCACUUGGGAUAAAAACAGAGGGGAUCAAAGAAGGUUGGUAUGAUGGAGGAAGCAUUGCAUUUGCAGUGAUUCUUGUGGUUGUUGUGACAGCUGUCAGUGACUUCAAACAGUCACUCCAGUUUCAGAACUUGAAUGAUGAGAAGAGAAACAUACAUCUCGAGGUUGUAAGAGGUGGAAGACGAGUGGAAGUUUCGAUCUAUGACCUUGUAGUUGGUGAUGUCAUACCCCUCAACAUUGGAAAUCAGGUCCCUGCAGAUGGAGUGCUGAUAGCUGGCCACUCUCUUGCCCUUGAUGAGUCUAGCAUGACUGGAGAGAGCAAAAUUGUUAACAAAGACGCUAACAAGGACCCAUUCCUAAUGUCUGGCUGUAAAGUGGCAGAUGGAAAUGGUGUUAUGCUGGUCACUGGUGUUGGAGUCAACACUGAAUGGGGAUUGCUGAUGGCCAGUAUUUCUGAAGACAAUGGUGAAGAAACUCCCUUACAGGUGCGCUUAAAUGGAGUAGCUACGUUUAUUGGAACCAUUGGGUUAAUUGUUGCUGCUUCUGUUCUUGUGAUUCUUCUGGUUCGAUAUUUCACCGGUCACACUGAAGACGUAAGAGGAGGUCCUCAAUUUGUUAAAGGAAAGACAAAAAUCGGUCAUGUAGUUGAUGAUGUGAUCAAAGUUAUUACCGUUGCGGUUACAAUUGUCGUCGUGGCAGUGCCUGAGGGCCUUCCAUUAGCUGUUACAUUAACCCUUGCCUAUUCAAUGAGGAAAAUGAUGGCAGAUAAGGCUUUGGUGCGGAGGCUAUCUGCUUGUGAGACGAUGGGCUCUGCCACCACUAUUUGCAGCGAUAAAACUGGAACACUAACUUUGAAUCAGAUGACAGUGGUUGAGUCGUAUGCCGGGGGCAAGAAAACAGAUACUGAACAAUUGCCAGCAACUAUCACUUCGUUGUGCGUUGAAGGAAUAUCUCAAAACACAACUGGUAGUAUCUACGUCCCAGAGGGUGGUGGUGAUUUAGAGUUCUCUGGUUCACCUACAGAAAAAGCCAUUCUUGGCUGGGGAAUUAAGCUGGGCAUGAAUUUCGAGACAGCCAGGUCGCAGUCUUCUAUUCUUCAUGCUUUUCCGUUUAACUCAGAGAAGAAACGUGGUGGUGUUGCUGUAAAAACGGCUGAUGGUGAAGUUCAUAUUCACUGGAAAGGAGCUUCUGAAAUUGUCCUUGCAUCUUGCAGAAGCUACAUCGAUGAGGAUGGUAAUGUGGCACCAAUGACUGAAGACAAGGCACAGUAUUUCAAGAAUGGUAUCGAAGAUAUGGCUGGAAGAACCUUACGAUGUGUCGCACUGGCCUUUAGACCCUAUGAUGCUGAAAAGGUGCCAACAGGCGAAGAACUCUCAAAGUGGGUACUCCCGGAAGACGACCUUAUUUUGCUAGCUAUAGUAGGCAUAAAGGAUCCAUGUAGACCAGGAGUCAAAGAUUCAGUCCAGUUGUGUCAGAAUGCUGGUGUCAAGGUCCGUAUGGUCACUGGUGACAACGUCCAAACUGCCAGGGCUAUUGCUUUGGAGUGUGGAAUAUUAACGUCAGAUGCUGAUGCCUCCGAGCCUACUCUUAUUGAAGGAAAAUCAUUCCGGGCCUUGACUGAUGCAGAAAGGGACAAGAUUAGUGACAAAAUAUCGGUUAUGGGCCGAUCAUCUCCUAAUGACAAGCUUCUGCUGGUACAAUCGCUUAGAAGACGUGGGCAUGUUGUUGCUGUGACUGGAGAUGGGACAAAUGACGCUCCUGCACUCCACGAGGCCGAUAUUGGUCUUGCUAUGGGAAUAGCAGGAACAGAAGUGGCUAAGGAAAGUUCAGACAUCAUUAUCUUGGAUGAUAACUUUGCUUCAGUUGUCAAGGUUGUUCGCUGGGGACGAUCAGUGUACGCCAACAUUCAGAAAUUCAUCCAGUUUCAGCUAACAGUCAAUGUUGCUGCUCUUGUCAUUAACGUCGUAGCUGCUAUUUCAAGCGGUGACGUUCCACUUACCGCUGUGCAGCUUCUGUGGGUUAAUCUGAUUAUGGACACUCUCGGAGCAUUGGCUUUAGCUACUGAACCACCUACUGAUCACCUCAUGGGAAGGCCUCCCGUGGGCAGAAAGGAGCCUCUUAUCACCAACAUCAUGUGGAGAAACCUGUUGAUUCAGGCUAUCUAUCAAGUGAGUGUAUUACUGGUUCUCAAUUUCCGAGGGAUAAGCAUACUUGGCCUCGAGCAUGAAGUUCCUACACAUGCCACCAGAGUGAAGAACACAAUAAUUUUCAACGCCUUCGUGCUCUGCCAAGCAUUCAACGAGUUCAAUGCUCGAAAACCAGACGAGAAGAACAUCUUCAAAGGCGUUAUCAAGAAUCGUCUCUUCAUGGGAAUAAUAGUCAUAACUCUCGUCCUCCAGGUUAUCAUUGUUGAGUUCCUCGGCAAAUUCGCUUCCACGACAAAACUUAACUGGCAACAAUGGCUAAUAUGUGUUGCCAUCGGUGUGAUCAGUUGGCCUCUUGCUCUGGUGGGAAAAUUCAUUCCGGUGUCAAAAACUCCUCUCAGCAACAAACUAAAGUGCUGGGGCAAGAAAAAAUCUUCUGGAGAAGGUUCACUCUGAUUUGGUGGAUACCCGGGUUUUAUGACAAGACGCUCCGCGAGUUUUAAGUACUACUUCUAGGACUAACAAGAACAAAAAAGUAUCGUUUGGUGUUAACUAUGGGGGUUUAUAAUUGAUAUUGGGAGACCCCAAAAGUACAGUUUUUCGGGGUUUGUCUAUGCGGUCAAGUUUGGAUUCAUGUUUUUUCGGUUAUUGAUAAUACGAUUGCUUGACUUUGGAAUC